CACCAUCACCACCACCAUCACCACCAUCACCAGCAUCACCCCCCAACCAUGGGCAGCAUCUACAAGGACUACUUCAACGCCGCCAAGAUCCGCGAGCACUACAACUUCACCAAGGGCGGUGGUUGGGGGGCCUCCUCCGGCCCCUCCCGUUGGCUGCCCUCCCUCCUCAUCGUCACCUUGUGCUGCUUCAUCGUGCUGCAGAACCUGCUGGUGCUGGUGUCCGUGUGCCGCAACCCCAAGCUACACUCGGCCAUGUACAUCUUCAUCGGCAACCUGGCGUUCUCGGACCUGCUGGCCGGCUUGGCCUUCAUGGCCAACAUCCUGCUCUCGGGCUCCACCACCUUCCUGCUGACUCCAUUGCAGUGGUUCGUGCGCGAGGGCACAGCCUUCGCCACCUUGGCCGCCUCGGUCUUCAGCCUCUUGGCCAUCGCCAUCGAGCGCCACGUGGCCGUCACCAAGGUGAAGGUGUAUGGCGGUGGCAAGAGCUGCCGCAUGGUGCUGCUCAUCGGCGCCUGUUGGCUGGUGGCCGCCGCCGUCGGGAGCUUGCCUAUUAUGGGCUGGAACUGCCUGAGCGACCUGCGGGACUGCUCCUCGGUGCUGCCGCUCUACUCCAAGCGCUACCUCCUCUUCGUCAUCAGCAUCUUCAGCCUCAUCCUGGCCGCCAUCGCCGGCCUCUACGGCCGCAUCUACUGCGUGGUGCGCGCCAGCCACGCCGACAUCGCCACGGCGCAGACCUUGGCCUUGCUCAAGACCGUCACCAUGGUGCUGGGAGCCUUCAUCAUCUGCUGGCUGCCGGCCUUCAUCAUCCUCCUGGUGGACGCAUCCUGCGCGGCGCAGACCUGCUGGGUGCUCUACAAAGCCCAUUACUUCUUCGCCUUCGCCACGCUCAACUCGGCCGCCAACCCCAUCAUCUACACCCUGCGCAGCAAGGACAUGCGCCGGGAGUUCCGCCGGCUGCUGUGCUGUGGGGCUGAGCGCCGCUGCCGCCUCCCGGCGCGCUCAUCCGGCUCAAUGGAGCGCUGUGGGCACAACCAGCACUGCCCACCCAUCACCCGCGACUGCACCACCUCCGUCUAGGGCCCUAUGGGAACAUGAUACAGGGAUGGACGGGGCCCUGUGGGUACCAUGGUACAAGGAUGGAUGGGGCCCUGUGGGUACCAUGGUACAAGGAUGGCCGGGGCCCUAUGGGUACCAUGGUACAAGGAUGGCCGGGGCCCUGUGGGUACCAUGGCCCUAUGGGUACCAUGGUACAAGGAUGCCUGGGGCCCUAUGGAUAUCACGGUACAAGGACGGCCGGGGCCCUAUGGGUAUCACGGUACAAGGAUGGCCGGGGCCCUAUGGGUACCAUGGUACAGGGAUGG